AUGGCUGCCGUAGGCAAAAUAUUGCUUAAGAAGGCGGUGGGAGACCAGCCGGUCUCAGUUGAUAUUCCAAGAGAGUUGGCUACUGGGGUUGCAACAGUGUUGUUGCCCGAAAAGGUGUUGCAGAGUCAAGAUAGUUCGGGCAGCAAUGAAUGGCUGGUCAAGUGGGUUGGGCUACCAGAGGAAGAAGCUACUUGGGAAGAUCGUGACUUUAUCAAGAAUCAGUUUCAGGAGCAUCACCUCGGGGACAAGGCGAAUUUUCAGGGAGGGAGUAUUGAUAUGAAUCGUCCCGGGAGAUGGUCUAAGCUUAAACGUGUUUCUUUUGUCUACCCAUCUCGCCCAAAUGUCCCAAUUUUGAAUUCUCUAAAUUUAGUGAUUCCAUCUCAAAGAACUUCAGCAUUAGUUGGUGCUAGUGGGGCUGGAAAGUCCACCAUUUUUGCUCUUUUGGAAAGGUUCUAUGAUCCUAAUGAAGAUAUAAGAAGUUUACAAGUGAAAUGGCUGAGAAGUCAAAUGGGGAUGCUUAAAGGUGUUUCUUUUGUCUACCCAUCUCGCCCAAAUGUCCCAAUUUUGAAUUCUCCAAAUUUAGCGAUUCCAUCUCAAAGAACUUCAGCAUUAGCUGGUGCUAGUGGGGCUGGAAAGUCCACCAUUUUUGCUCUUUUGGAAAGGUUCUAUGAUCCUAAUGAAGGUUUAAUAAUGGUGGAUGGUGAAGAUAUAAGAACUUUACAAGUGAAAUGGCUGAGAAGUCAAAUGGGGAUGGUGGGUCAAGAGCUUGUCUUGUUUGCAGACACAAUUCUUGAAAACAUUUUAAUGGGGAAAGAGAAUGCCACUAAGAAAGAUGUUAUUGCUGCUUGUGUUGCAACGAAUGCACACAAAUUCAUAUCUGAUUUAGACUAA